GAAGUUUAGUCUUUGGUAAAAUAACCUAAAAAUAAAAAUAAUAAUUUUAUUUUGAUUUUGCAUUUUGCAAAAAUCAAAAUAGAAAAUAUAGUUUCGGAACACUUACUUGGAAAAGAAACAGUGUUUUAAAAUACAUUUUUAAUAUAAUUGAUUCAAUAUGUUUUCAAGAACAUACAGACUUUCAAUAGGUAUAUUGCGUCCAGAAACAUUUCAGUGGACAAUGAAUUCAGGAAUAAAAUACUUUCCUCCUCCCAAGAAUUAUGACCAUAUUGAACUUCCCGAACGCCAGAGACUCAGAAUAUUCGAUAAGGUUCCUCUGUAUCCUCCCAACUUAAAACCACCAAAGAUGCAAAAACGUUUGCGUUAUAUGAGAGGUCCAGAAGAACUGCAUAAUACUUUGCAGCUGAAGCAGUAUGGUGUAAUGGCUACAGGUGGUGGUAGACUACGCCAUGAACACUUUGAAAUGGCCCGUCUUCAAGUUGCUCGCCGGUUAGACUUGAAAAGAAUGUUCGCCAUAUGGAGAGUUGAUCCGCCUUGGCAACCUAUCACCAAAAAAGGCCAGGGCCAGAGAAUGGGUGGAGGUAAAGGAGCUAUCGACCAUUAUGUUACACCUAUCAAAGCUGGAAGGAUUAUACUUGAAGUUGCUGGAAAAUGUGAAUAUGCUGAGGUAAAAGAUAUGUUAAGGAUUGUAUCAGAAAGAUUGCCAUUCAAAGCUGAGCCAGUAUCACAGGAAAUCUUGGAGAAAAAGGCCGAGGAUGAAAAAUGGAGGGAAGAGAAUAAUCAUAACAAAUACACUUUGAAAUAUAUAAUGUUGAACAACAUGGGUGGAUGCCACAGACAUAUGUCAAGAUAUGAUCACAGAUGGCAUGGCAAAUAUAUUUAGGUAAAUAGUUCAUUUCAAGCAAUACAGUAGUAAAUAAUAAUAUAUAA